AUGGCUCACCACGAGAACCACGAUGAUGAAAUGGACUUGUCAGAGAUCAGCACUUCGCCAGAAUCAAUAUCCACACCGCCGACUUAUAGGAGCCUAACGAAGAUCAACAUACUUGAGGAAGACAAGCUAGAGGUUUCGGGCCCAUCCACAGACAUGCCUCUCUUUGCUCGCCUCGGCCUGCUCCCUACUAUCGAGGUGUCGGAGAGCGACCACCCAGGCACUGACUUCCCGUCCCAUACCGCGGAUGCAUUAGGCAUCACAGGAGCUGCAACAUCCCUGGGCGAUUAUUUUGACCUUUGUCUGCAGCAUUGCCCUUUGGAACUCAUGAUCAACCUGAUACACCUUCAUUUGACUAAUCGUGAGCCCUUCACCACAGGCUGA